AUGGCUAUGACGAAGAAGAAGAAAACGAGUUCACCGUACGUGGUCGCCUUCGUUUUUCGCCUUGCAUGUUUUGCAGCUGCCCAAGUUACAGUUACCCCUCAAUUUGACAAGGCAAUAGCUGAGGAAUCGACAGACUCCUUCUCGUACAAGUGCCAGAAUGGAGACGCUUCCUCUCAAGUAUACCCCGUCUGGACCAACGAGGCUGGCGCGGUCAUCCAGACGUCAUCCGGUGGUGGCAAUGAACGUGUCUAUACCGGCCAGUCCAUCGAGCCUUCACCAUCCGGACAGCUAUACACCACAAGGUUGACCUUCUCCAACGUGAAGAUAACAGAAGAUGGCGUCUACACGUGCGCUAUCGGUGCAGAUGAGGAAGAAAGACGCAUCAUCGUAACAAUUCCCAUUACCUUCCCAGUGAGUGCAGCAGAAGAGAGUCAGCGAUUACUCAUUGAAAACAGCGGCAGAGUUGAAUGUACUAUCAAUUCCAAUCCCUUCCCUUCUGUAUAUUGGAAGCUCAAUGGACAGUUCCUCGACCAAACAAAUGAGAAUGACAGGUACACGAUGAGCACCCAGAUGAUCGUCGAGCCAGACAGGCCAGGAUUUGAACAUGCCGAGAUAGCUAUCCUAGAUGUACGGGAUGUGGUAGCCACAGACUCUGGCUCCUACGAGUGUUUCGCGACCGUCGACUCGACAGGAGACUCUCAAACAUUGACCAUCGCUGUCAUAGUACAAGUGCCUCCUGAAUGGACCGUGGAACCUCAAGACAUCAAGGCCGUAGAGGGCACCACUGCAAUGAUCCAGUGCGCAGCCUCCGGAACACCGGACCCCAUCUACUCGUGGGAGGACCAGUCGGGCCAGAAAAUCACUCCCCUAGAGGGCAAGUACGAGCUUGCCGACGAUGGCGAGUUCUUCACAGUACUGAACCUUGAGGCAGAUGACGACCAGAUCUAUACCUGCGUUGCUUCCAAUGAUGCCAUCAACUCUACCUUCACCACCGAGUUAACAGCAGCUCUUAGGUUAGAGGUUCUGAUCCCCCCAGCACUCAAUUCCCAGAACAAUCAGACAGUGAUGGAAGGAGAUGAUUUCAGUAUGGAUUGUGUGAUUACUAGAUCGGAUGCUGAAGGUACCCUCACGUGGAGGAGGUAUGGCACCACGGAAGAUGACAUCGUCAAUGAAGGAAGCUGGAAUCUGGAUGGUAGAGUGACUGUAACAAGUAAAGACGCUGGAAGGACCCUUACCCUUUCUCUCUCUCCAUCUAACUACGACCACAGUGGAGGAUGGACUUGCUUUGCAGAAAGUGAUGCGGGCAAUGCACAUGUCACCCAUUUCCUCGCCAUUGAAUCCAUACCAUUUAUUGACCGUAGUCAGACGCCCUCUCGUGUCCUCUCCUGGCCAGGUAAUCCUGUCAACAUGUCUUGCGCCAUCAACGGCUAUCCAUCUCCCGUCAUUCGCUGGCGUAUCCAACAAGGCGAGAUAUUUGUCACUGUAAAUGUGACAGACACCAUCACAUUUUUACCCAACCAACCCAGCGGAAUGUCGGUCAUGUCGAUUGUACCAACUGCAGCUGAUUUUGCUCCAUAUUACUGCGAGGGCGUAAACAGGAACGGAGACAUCAGCGAACGAAUUGAACUGGUGGAAGGAGCCUUUGCAACCGAGCCUGAGAAUGUGCGUCUGACAGACAUCUCCUCAUCGACCAUCAGAGUCUUGUACGACGAACCUGAGAACGAUGGCGGCUUCGACAUCCAGCACUACGUGGUCAUGUACAAUUCGGGUUCAGAUAAUGAAUCAAUGGAAUAUGAUAACAUUACUGAUGUUGUACUUACCGGUUUAGCUGGUAAUACUAGGUAUCAGGUCUGGGUAGCGGCAGCGAAUGACCGUGGUGUCGGCAUCUACUCAACAGGAGUAUACGGUACCACUGAACCCAACACCACCGAAACAGUUGUAACAUCUGUUCCGGACCAGCCCAGAAUCACAUCCGAUACGGAGUCAGAGUUUGACGAGAAAUACAUCCUGACCUGGGAGCCCCCACAGGACAACGGCGGCAGCGCCAUCACCGCAUACCUUAUAGAAUAUGCUCAGGUUGAUGGUCCUGAUGACAAUGAACUUGGCUCAAGGCCUGCGAAUAAGUUUGAGGUCCUGUACACGGAGACCCAGGCCACGCUACAACCCCUCAAUGAGAAUAAGUAUUACCUGGUGGAGCUGAAAGCUAUCAAUGCAGAGGGAGAGAGUGAACCCGCCCAACGCAACUUCAAGUCCCGCGGUGGAUUCGUCUUCCCGUCCGAAGAACCAUAUCGACCCGAGCAGCAAAUCGGCGAGCUGGGAACGACGGAGAUAGUGGUGAUUGUCGUAGCCUGUUUCAUCAUCCUCCUCAUCCUUAUCGAUGUUUGUUGCUUCUGCAUGAACGACUGUGGUGUGCUCAUGUUCAUCUGUGUGAGCUGCUGUGGAAAGGCAGCACCGUCGUCCAAGGAUGAGAUUGAGAUGGGAGAGGAAGAGUAUGGCAAUGGUAAAGCGAACCCGCAACCGAGAAGCUCCCUCAAAGCUGUUGAUGAUGAGAUUUGUCUAACAUCGAACGAGAUAUCGGCAGAUACCUCACAGCCCGGUGGUACCAAACCAUCGUCCCCGCCCGGCGACGGACCCCCCACCUACCAACCCAUUGAGAAUGGCAAGCCGGACGAGGUCGAGGCUGCAGCACCCGAGACGACCCCUGCGGCCGAGGCCGAACCUCUUAUGAACAAGGACGGUGAUUAUUAUGACGAUGAAUACGAUCCGUACGAAGACAAGAAGCCUGGAUCCACGGAUUGCUAAACCACCAGAUGCACCUUUUUAUAUCAUCAGUUAACCCAUCGAUGGCCAGUCCAAUAUUCUAUUAACCUGUUAUGUCCCACAUAUAGGAGGUGCAUUAGCUCUGUGGGUAGAGCAGCAGCCUCUUAACUUGGAGGUUGCUGGUUUGAUACCCAAGUCGACGCACUAGUGUCCUUUGUUAAGGCAUUAUUCCUCGUUUAAGAUGUAACAGGAUAAUUAUACUCCAACAUCCUGUGUACCAUCCCCAUCUUUGUACAUUGUAUAUACAAGCCAAAGAUUUGUGGUGUGAUUUCUAGCGAUGAAAGCAAUACAUUUCGCUCGUUUAAUUGAAAGAAUAAUGAUAUGUUUUUAUAGUGUAAAAAAUUGUGGUAUUGUGAAGAAAUAAUUUUGUAGAUUCUUCAUUUAUCACACAUGUCCAUCAUAGAUUUGCAAAUUUGAAUAUUUAACAGCAAUCCAAUAGGUAUGAUAAAUUGUGUACAGAAUUUCAUUUUUUAUUUUAAUGAGUGUUGGGUGAGAACUGAAAAGCUGCAUAGAAAUAGAGAUGUUAUUAUACCGUACAAUGAUUUACAUAAAAGCAAAUCCAAUUUUGUUUGUGGGUAUAUUUUCAAUAACAUCAUGUUAUUUUGUGCAUGUCCAUACAGAUGGAAAGGUUCGUGAGCAAAGAUAAAAGGAUCCUGCAAAACUGUUUAUCGUUUCCUCAGCUUUCUUAGCUCAAACAAUAAUCAUGCCUUUUAAUGUAUUCUUCCAUAAUGUUCUAUUUAUCAAGCCAUUAAGUGAUUUUAAUGGAAAGUGUUCUUGUCGGGAUACAUCAUGCACAUUAAUUGAGCAUCCUUUUGUUAUAUGAUCACAAGGCUUGCCUUCUCUCGUAGAUGAAUCAUCUCUUCCUGUGGUUAUUCAUAUAUGGAUCAAAUUGUAGAUUUGUGUCAUUAUGCAAAAUAUUGAUCAAAAGUAAUAAUUAUAUCCAAAGAAUUUCUGCAAUCAAGAUAUUAGUGCCUUUUGUAUACAAAUUGUGACACUGCACUUAUUGUAGUCACUACCUCAAUCACAGUAACCCACCGGAUUUAGAUACUUUUGCUUUUGGUAUCUCUACUUGUUGUGUUUUAUAUAAAAUCAGAAAAAAAGGGUAAAACAUAAUUUGAUCUGUCUUAGUCUUGGUUUUUAUUAUAAGAUGUAGACAUAAUACAUGUUGUUGCCUUUUCAACUAAUUCAGUAAAACCCAUAUCUGGGUUUAGGAUCGUGCUUAACAAAUUAGGAAAGCAAUGUGAUGUUGAACAAAAGCUGUAAGUGUACCGAUCACGAAACAAACAUUUUGCGCUGUUGGUUUAAAUGGCAGUUCCAUGUUGAUGCACUAUUUUCAAAAUAUGAGCUUCCAACGUUACUUCUGCAGAAAGAUAUUGCAAGUUUGAACAUUGAACAUGAAAGUGAUUUCCGACAAGACUACUCGAUCCCCGUACUUAUCCGCACUCAUCUAAAAUAUGGCCCACAUGAAUUGUAUCUCAAGUCAAACUUCGGUUCAGCGCUUGGGGUUUUAUGUUAUGCUUUAUUUCCUUCUUCUUAUUUGUAGUAGGCUGGGUAAUUAUUUUUUCGAGGUAAAUUUUAUGCAUUGUAGCUUUACAAAAAAUAACUUUAGGUGAUUGGUACACUGCUUUCAAUUCAAUAUGAUACGGGCCUAAGUGGUCAGGCUUAGUUGUUUCUGGUGGUUUAGCAAAUGUUUCUUGGACUUACAAUAGUUUAGGGGGUGACAGAUAUUAAUCGUGAGGAAAGUGCCCUGGAUAUCUAAAUUCGACCCUAUUUUCACGAAGUGACCGCAGGGAGGAAAAUCGCAUACAAUUUGCGUGACGAUUCUCCUACCGUCACUAUGUGAAAAUAGGGACGAAUUGUGUCAUGUCAUAUUUCCUUUUGAAAACGGUGCUGUACUUGUAUCUGGUAAUCUUGAUUGUGAAAUGAAUGGGGUACUAUCUUUGAAGAUUAGGAGUUUGUACGGCAAAAUAAUGAAAUAUUUAAUUAAUUGAUUUUAAAUUGAUAUCAGGAGUGAAGACAUUUUAGUAUUCUGUGGAAUGCCAAUAAGGUAUUUAACGCAUGUCUUUCCAAGUACUAUAUGUAGUUUUUAAGAUGGAAGGUCAUUUUUGUAAUUGUAAAUUGAAAUUUUAUUACCCAGUAUUUGAAAACACAUGCCUCCCUUUGAAGCCAAAAAGACACAAACUAAGAGACAUUGUAUCAUGGUGUAUCAUUGCAAGUAGCACUCUACUGUAAACGAUUUUAGUUUUACUAGUUUUGAAGACUGACCGUGUUCAAGCGUAUGUAUGUAUGUACAUCAUCUCAAGUUGCAACAAACUGAGCCUGUUUUAAUUCCGAACAAAUUAAAGUACAUUUUUAAAUGUUACAUUGAUAUCGUUUCCUGUACUACAUUAGCCAUAUUUAAAAUGCAUUACAUUAGUGUAGAUACAAUUAAGUUACAUGUAGAUGUGAGAUUAUUUGGAGAUGGGAGGUGAGAUCAAUGCAAUCCGAUGGUGUUUUCAAAGUGUAAUUAUGAUAUUGAUGAGAAUAUUUUGAGUGUUAUGUGAAUAAUAGUAGUUAGUUGAUUGCUUUAUAUUGCCCUUGUUGUGUUAAAAUGAAAAAAAUUAUUUUGAGGGCAAUUUUUGAAAGAAUGGGGAAAGGUCUACAAUCUAUCCGGUAGGUAAUCUAUCUUUCUCCAAACAUGUACCCUUUCAGUUUUGAAACGCUCUUCAAAUUGGUUUACUUUGUAGUUGUUUAGACGAUUAAAUUUCAUGAUUUUCUUUGGUUUCACCCUAAAAUGUGCUUGCUGUACCCUGAACAUAUAUGCGUUUUGGUUGGAUGUCAAAUAAUAUGUAUAAAUUGUUCAUCUUUUUGAGUGUCUGUGGCAAUUUUGAUUGUACUUUUUAAUUCUGAAAAACCGUUAAAAAGUACUUUUUUAUGACUAGUUCUUGAGGUGCGUACAUUUCUCUGUACUGAUAUAUGUUUGUAUAUUGUUGUCACUCUGUGUUUAUAGAGGAAAAUUUCAAUUCAUGAAUAUUUAAAAAUGGUUCAUUCUUGAAGGUGAUGAAUCUAGUGGAAUAUGUAAAGAUUAAAUUAACCAGGUACACACUGCAACAAUGUAUUUACACAAUAUCACAUAAAGGUAUAUCCUCUGCAUGUUUAUUAUACAGUAGAUCAAUAUUUUACUAUUUUCCUAAAGCCUUUUUCAGAAUCUGGUAAAAAGGGAUUAUAAGAACUUUACAGGAGGUCAUAAUUACAAUGGCUAGUAUUCCUGAAAUCCUUUUGGUGUUACAAGAGUAUUCAGGCUUAUUUAACCCAUGGCAAUUUAGGUAGUCAACUUUUCAUUUCUGGUAAAAGUACAAAAACAAAAACAAAAAAAAUCGAGACUUUCAAAUUUGAGAUCUACAUGUAAGUACUACGGCAAGACUUGUCUUUUAAAGCAAGAUGCUUUUUUAUGAUGAAAAAGUUUUUUGGUAAUUUUUCCACAUUUCUACAUAGUGGUCCUACCGUCUAUUAGAUUCUUGUGUGAAUUGUGUAGUCUUUAUGAUUAUUAUGUCAAGGUGUUGAGGGAAUUUUAAGAACCGUUGCCACUUUUGUGCAAAUAAAAAUCUUUUGUCAGUGUAA